AUGGACUACGGCAUUAUGAGCUAUGAGAAGACGGACAAGCGGGUACCAUUGGUCUUUACCGCCGACAGUACACCGUACACCUACAAGCCAAGAGAGAUCGAUGUUGAUCGGUGGCGAGGCAGUCGCUCGGCAGCUGUUCAACGGCGCCGUCAACGUCUACAGUAUUGGCUCGCGAGAUUCACGAGUCAGACAUCCACGACGCUGGCGACACGGACAUCGCUUAUUUACUCAGCGACAACUACGCGCGUCAGGCCUCUUUACGACAAGAUGAGCGAAUCCCAGGCAACCUUCUGGAAGAUUACUUGUUUUUCUCUCAACGGCAUCCCUGAAUGGCCCAAUGAUACACGCGUCACGGUUGUGGGCGAUGCCAAUGCCGUGCAUGCGAUGACGCCGGUAGGCGGUAGCGGCGCCAAACUGCAGUACGUACGCGAUUCAGCCCUGCUAGUGCUGGUAGAUCGAUUGAUUACAGAGACCUGGGACCGUGGCGACAGGUGA